AUGGCAGUUGAUUAUCGCCGUCUGUUUCUUUUCCCCAGCGACCGAGGGGUUAUGAUGUUUGACGGAAUUGAAGGCGCCGGCGUCGUGUACGGUGCGCCGGCGGCACUUUCUUCCGGAACGACGACGGAGACAAUGGUUGGGAUUUACGGUCCGGAUGGCGUCCCGGUGAUCAAGUCCGACAGCGGCCUCUCCUACGCCGUUCCGGCGUCAAGGAAGCGAUCCAGAGAUGUGAUCAAUUCUACGGCUGUUUCGAAUCAGAGCCGCUGCGGCGUUCCUUUCCCGUUUCUCGGCGAGGAUUUGUCGUUUCAGUUCCAGCAGCAGCAAGUGGAGAUGGACCGUUUAAUCACACAACACUCGGAAAAGGUUCGAUUGGAAGUGGAGGAGCGGAGAAAGAGGUACACCCGGCGGAUUGCGACGGCGGUGGAGGAGCACAUAAUGAAGAGACUGAGAUCCAAGGAGGAGGAGAUCCAGAAGAUUGGGAAACUGAACUGGGCGCUCGCGGAGAAGGUGAAAUCUCUGUGCGUGGAAAACCAGAUAUGGCGCGAUUUGGCGCAGGCGAAUGAGGCCACGGCUAACGCACUCAGGUGCAACCUCGAGAACGUGCUUGCUCAGGUCCAGGACGAGGAGCCACGCGGCGACGCCGCGGCGGCGGCAGACGAAGCGCAGUCGUCGUGCUGCGGCGGCAGCAACCCCAACGAGACGGUCCGUAGUGCCGAGGAUGGGAUGUGCCGGAGCUGUGGGAAGGAAGAGUCAAGCGUUCUGCUUCUGCCGUGCAGGCACCUCUGUCUCUGCGCACUCUGCGCCUCGUCUCUGCAAAAGUGUCCCCUCUGUAACUCCACCCAGACCGCUACCCUUCACGUUAACCGAAACAAUAAAUAA